CAUCAAUGAGAAUCUUGGGCUUUACAGACAGGGUGAGUGAAAAUGGGUUAGGAAUAGCAAAGCAAUUAGAAAGAAGCCAAUAUUUCUACGGUCUAUUCUCAGCGCGCGCGCACACGGUAUCGGAAAAUGUCAAAGGGGAAGUGGUGAACGGAAUGGAAUAGACUUUUUUCUUCAGCAACUUUGCCGUGUUCAGAAUAUUUUCCUUCCACGCAGAGAAACUACUUGAAAACACACGCAACUCCCUUCCCUUCCCUUCCCUUCCCUUCGUCCCUUCGUCCCUCCCCCAAAAUCUCACGCUCCCGGUCUCUGUCUCUCUCUCUAUCUAAAUCCAGAUGGGAAUUUCAUUUAGCAGCAAUAGAAGAAGAAACAACACCUAUCUCCAGCAGCCACCUCCCAACUACCCCUCUUCCUCUUCUUACUAUUACCCCUCGGAACCCCCACCCCCACCGCCUCCUCCUCCUCCUCCACCUCCACAUAACUGUCUCCCUUAUCCUUCACGACCACAUCAUCCUUAUCCUGCGUACCCUCCCCCUCUUCCACCUCCAGCUGACUCUUACUAUUAUUCUGGUGGCUUCAGUUCCUCCAGUUAUGCCAAUCCCAUGACCGCUCGCUUCAACUACCACCCUUAUCAUGCCAAUCAGGCCAAUGGGUGGCCCGCAGCCCGGCCUCCUGUGGGCCCGGCGGGGGAUCCUCCGCGUUAUGUUGAGCAUAAGAACGCGAAGAAGGUGAGGAAUGAUGUGAAUGUGCAUAAGGACACCUUGCGGGUCGAGGUCGAUGAGCACAACCCCGAUCACCACUUGGUUUCUUUCGUUUUCGACGCCUUGUAUGAUGGGAGCAUCACUAUUUUCUACUUUGCUAAGGAAGAGUCGAACUGUAAAUUUGUUCCGGUAUUUCCUGAAGCCUUUAUGCCUGUGCGAAUCCCCUUUCAGAAAGGACCUGGACAGAAAUUUUGUCAGCCUUCAGGAACAGGUGUCGACCUAGGGUUCUUUGAGUUGGAUUAUCUCUCAAAACCAUCACCUGAAGAAGAUGUAUUUCCUAUUGUAAUAUCUGCUGAAACAAACUUGCCACCUCAUUCAACAGACGAGCAUCGAGGUGAACCUGUGCCCACCACAAACCCUCAUAUGCAGAUUACACAAGCUAUUCUAGAGAAGAACGGUGAUGGACCUUUCCAAGUGAGAGUUAUUAGGCAAAUACUCUGGAUUGAUGGAGUUCGCUAUGAGCUCCGUGAGAUAUAUGGAAUAGGAACCUCAGUAGCAGAAGGGUUCGAUGACAAUGACCCGGGGAAGGAGUGUGUUAUAUGCAUGACUGAACCUAAGGAUACGGCUGUAUUACCUUGUCGACAUAUGUGUAUGUGCAGCGAGUGUGCAAAAGCGUUGAGGCUUCAAUCAAAUAAGUGCCCUAUAUGCCGUCAACCUAUCGAGGAACUUAUAGAGAUCAAGAUAAAUAAUGGUAAUCGUGAGCGAUCUAGAGAGUCAAAAAGGGAAGAAGCAUGACAAUUUGAGGCUAUCUGCACGAACAUUCUAGGUCUUGUGCCAAGCAACAUUUUCCUCUUUGCUAACAGCAGCCAAAAAGCGAGGCUUAUAAGGAAUAUUUGGCAUAGAAGGUAAGAAUCUGGGGGACUUGAGAGCAACCUUUGAACAGAUGAAAACACAAUAUUCGUACAAUAACAUUAUUCAGUCAUUUCAUUUUAUGGAGCAUCUUUUCAUAGCCUCUCUGAUCUCUUUUGUGCCAGUUGGCAUCACAGAAAUGGUUUCCCUUAAGACUGAUGCUAGUUGAUUAUUGUUGGUUCUUUAGUAUAUGUUGUACAGUCUAUUCGGUCCCCAGUGUAGUAGGGUUUGGGGAAUUCCUCAUUGCAUCACACUACUGGUUGUUGUGCAAGGCACUUUUAUGGUUCCAUCACAACCACAUUACAAAUUCACCAUGGACAAAGUUAUGAGUGAGGUUCGAACUUGGUUGUUUUGUUGCACGCGUAUUGUUACUUAUUUGAAACACAAGGUACUGAUAAGGACAGAGGUUCAUCUUA